AUCUUAUCCGUGUUUCCACAAUUUCCUUCCACCUGAAUUCUGCUGGCAGGGGAUGCAAUGCCAGAUUGUCAAACUUCCGCAAGACUUUCUGACAUGUGAGACUUGCCCAAAUCCCACGAGACCGCAGCUAAAACAACCACAAGACUACCAAAAAACAAAUCCCAUGAACCUCUACUAAAUCUUCAUUCAUUGCGUAAUAGAGGCCAAAUCUAGCUCGCAGCAGAUCCUCAAUUCCAUCAUGUUGAGCUAAGUCUGUGACCUGUCACCUAACAAGAAUGCCUCACUCAGUCUUUUCUAUUUGCAGACAAUGACAAGAGUUACGCCCUAGUUUCUCAGAACAACUCUCCACUGCCUUGCAAGCCACAGAGGCCCGCCCCUGAACGUGAACACACUUCCGCCCCAAGAUGGUCGUCGGCGCCUUUCCAAUCGCCAAGCUCCUCUACCUCGGAGUGAAGCAGUUGAGCAAGCCCGUCGCUAACCGGAUAAAAGCUGGGGCUCGGAGGAGCGAAUUUUUUAAGAAUUACGUCUGCAUGCCGCCGGCUCAGCUGUACCACUGGAUUGAGAUGCGAACCAAGAUGCGCAUCAUGGGUUUCCGUGGUGCCAGCAUUAAGCCACUGAACGAGGAAGUAGCGGCGGAGCUUGGCGCCGAGCUGCUGGGCGAGACGUUGAUCUUCCUCGUGGGCGGCGGAUGCAUGGUGCUGGAGUACACCAGGCAGGCGGUCAACUCGCGUAACAAGGAGGACGAGCUCAACGAGACGCUCACCAGCCUACAGACUCAAAUAGCAGAGCUCACGUUCACCACAGAGACGCUAAGCGCUCAGCUGAGAGAGGUGAACAGGCAGCUAGUCUCCUUUCCUACGCCCACCAAAAAGUGAGGAAAUGGCGUAAACGUGGUACGCGUAUGGACAUAAGAAGACUUGAUUGCAACAUGUAAAGCCUGAAGCUGCUACUUCACUGCUACUCCUGCAUGGAGGAAGAAGUGGACAUAACAUCAGGGCGAUGUGUUUUGGAAUUGCAACUGUGUGCAAAUAAGUGGAUUGCUAUGACAUUCAUAGUGUAUUUUCUGUGGUUGAUAUUGCAUGUUCAUUACAAAGUGGUUUGAGAAUUGAAUCAACAAAUUCAAAAGUUAGUAUCUGAUAAUGGCAUCUGUUUGGAUAUUCAAUAAUUUAGGAGAGGCUCGGUUAAUAAUUAACAUGCCUCGAGUCUAAAUGGGGAAAAGGAAGUGCUUAGUCAAUAUCACUGUGAAUCACUUUGCUGAUUUCUUUGUAACUGCCAUAAUGGGUGAACGAUGGUGUAAAAUAAAGACGAUGAUGCCAUUAAUAAUGAAUUUGCUGUAAAAA